AAACAAUAAUUUUGGGCAACUUCUUUCUAAAUUUUUUACUCUACUAAGUGAAGUUAUCUAAAAUACUGAAGUGUUUUCCAUGUCAGAUUUUUUGAACUGUGUUUUGGGUUUUGUUGAAUUGGUUUGAGUCACGCAGUUAAGUCAUGGAUCCGUCAACAAGUGUCAUCCUUGUUGAAGCUCUCUACUCAUUCAAAGGGAAAAAUAAUGAUGAGCUCAACUUUAAGAAAGGCGCCAUCAUCACUGUUACCCAAAAUGACGAUGAAACUUGGUGGGAAGGUACUUACGAUGGCACAACCGGCUGGUUUCCUGCCAAUUAUGUUCGACCAUUCCAUUCUUCAGAUAAUAAAGGGAGUUUGAGCAAUGGACACACUGAGCUGCAGUCUCCGGCAGGAGAGCAGCAGAUGUACCGAGCCCUUGUGCUGCGCAGUCUCCUGGACAGCGAGCGGCAAUACCUUGCUGAUGUGCACCACCUCCUGUCUGAGUGCCUCAGGCCUCUCAUUGCCCACAAGAAGUCCAGCUGGGAGCCGCUGCGUCGGCUGGUGGAGCAGCUGGAGCGCGUAGCUGGGGUGCAUGAGGCGCUGCUGGGGCGUGUAGAACAUGAAGGCGAGCAGCCCUCUGCUGACCAGCGUGUAGGAGGCGCCUUCCUUGCUAUGGCCGCGGACGCCCUGGCGUUCGAGCACCGACAGUACUGCCUGCUGCACCCCAAGGGAGUGUGCAGUCUUCAGCAGCACCAGACGGAAGUGAACCAAUUCGUUGAAGGGACUAACCUGUGCGAGGAGAACUGCGACGGUCAGAAGAAACCAGGGCUGCUGGUGCUGACGACGGGCUUGUCCAAGCCCUUCAGGCGCCUCCAGCAAUAUGCAGGUCUGCUGCAGGAGCUACACAGGCACCUCCCUGAGGCGCACAAGGACCGCGGCGACGCUCACAGGGCCGCUAAGAUCAUGGCAGACUUGUCCGCAAGUUGCCAGUCAGCACGGCGACAGAAGGAGCUGGAGCUGGAGGUGGUGACGCAGGAGCUGGCAGGGUACGAUAGAGGCACGCUGUCUGCCCUGGGGGAGGUGGUGUUCAUGGGGAGCGUUGCCGUCCUGCCGGACCACACCGACCGAUACAUCGUCCUCUUCCCCCACCACCUCGUGGUGCUCUCCGUCUCUGCCAGGAUGAGCAACUUCAUAUUCCAGUCGGAGCACAACUUGUCAGAAAUAUCCUGCCGCUCGCUGGACGACUGCAGCCAGUACAAGAACGCCUUCGAACUCAGCGGCGCGAAAUUGAAUCGGUUGGUGGUGCUGUGCCAGAGCAAAGAAGACCAGAUGCAGUGGGUACAGCGUCUGUCCCAGCCUCCUCCUCUCAUGCCUGCAUUCAGCGCCCCAAGUGCCCCAGAUGUUGCAGAUAAAAAUCAGCUCUCGCCUAAACUUCCUCCUCGCAUGCCAGUCGCUGGCAAGCAGGCCGGUGAAUUCCUUCGUCAGCAGCCCUCUGUUCUUCCAUCACAUACCCGGGCACCGGAGGCCUCCAAGGUGCCGGCUGGAGGACCAAAGCCCUGGAGCUUGUGCGAUCUGCGCCCCACCCCACCCAUCAGACCCUCCCACCUUGCCCGCCUCCGCACCUAG